CUCCAACCAACGUUGCGGCGCGAGACGACGGCGGCAAAUCUAGACUGUCUAGACUGUCUAGACUGUCCACAGUAGACUCUGUUCUGUACUGUAAUAAUCUGUAUCAUACCAUACCUGGAAGGGAACAUUGAGACUUCUAGUCCAGGCGGCAAGUGCCGUCGCUCACCACCCGACCACCCGAAUCGGCUGUCGGCGUCUUCACUUCCUUUGUCGGUACCAUUCAGGAUUCAACACCCGUACAAUUAAUUGACGUUCCAAUUCACACCACUAAUACAAUCAUGGCGACCAAGAAAGAUAUGCGGAGAGCUGAUCUCAUCAUCCCAUAUCAGAUUCCCGCAGCGAAGGAGGGAGCUUCUGAUAUCAGCGGCACGUUGGGGAGCACUCUACCCAUGGCUGCUAUGUUCACACGGAAUAAGUUCAUUGGCUGGGCCUCCGUUGUGUUUGCUAUACAAAAUUGGCUUGGAGAGAGUGAAGACGCGAAGAAGACUGCUUCACAGCCUGCCUACUUUUCUGUAGGCAUGUCUCUAAUGGCUCUUGUGGUAACCUACCUUCCGAUGUUCUUACCUCCGCCGUCGAUUCCUGGUCAGGGUACAGGUACAGAAGCCCCUGCUGCCGUCCCCGUCUCAUGAGCUAUCCGAAGGAAGGAGGGGGUUGUGUAUGUAUAAUAGAAUCGAGCUGGAGAUACCCAUCUUGUCAAAAAAUCCAUAACGUACUGUAUUUUGUGAUGCAUUUCCAAAUGUUUUCCAAGUCCAAGGGUACGAUACCACAGCAUGUACAGUCGUUGGAUCCUUCUAUAUGACAUCCAGUGGGAAUCACAACCGGCUUUAAUCUGCGUAUCUUGGUCCUUCCAAGAUCCCUAGACUUUCUAGAAAGCUCUGUGAAAUGCACCGGGUGAUAUGGUUAAGUCCAUCCAUUUAUUAGAGUGCAAAAGUACCUUAAUUCUGGAC